AUGUUGCAAGAAACUUCAAAUCUGUUAAUAUUUGACAAUAACCAAGGUUUACUUGGCUUAAAUACAAAUGACAGUUUUUCUAUCUCUCAAAAUGAUUUUAGUAGUGAUCUACACCUUUCCAAUGACAUCAAAUUUGUUAAUACAGAUUUGAAUGAAAUUGAGUAUCAAAAUGAUGUUUUAGAGUUAGACAGUGAACCUGAGGAUGAAAUGUUAGAGUUAGAAAUUGGGCUUUCUUUCUUUAAUUGGUCAGAAUUUAAGACCUGGCUCAACAAAUUCGCUAAACAAAAAAGGUUCAACUACAAGGUCCAGACGAGCCAGGCAGAUAGUAAAAUCAUACAUAGGGUUACUUAUGAAUGUUCAAGAUCCAGUGUGCACAAUCCACAAGUAACUUGUAACCCAACUAAGCAACGAAAUCUUACAAAUAAUCCAGGUGAUUUGGACACAUCUCAGAUGCUUCAAACAUUAUUAAAUUUUAAAGAAUCAGAUCCUUUGUGGGUAGUCAAACUACACUUAGAACCUUUAUCCAGAAGGCUAA